AAGUCUCAUUUUCACACAGCGGCAAUAAUCCUGCCGUGUAUUAAAUAUUUACUUAUUCAUACUAUUCCACAUCGACAAGUAAAUUUGUUUGUUUUAAGUAUCAAUUUCACUCACGAAUGGGUUAGUUAACGUAAAAUUAAAAACGCACAAAUUUCACCGUAUGCAAUUUUGUCCUGCUUUGUCACGGUGCGAUUUAUGAUUUAGGUGGAAAUUAUGCUUCGGUACAGAUCAAUCUACGCUCUAUAUCUUAUCGCAUUUAUAGAUCUUUUUGCGGUUAGCUUAUUUUUACCCUUGCUAAGUAAAGAAAUUCGAGAUCUUGGAGGUGAUCCGUUCCUUAUUGGCGUGAUUGGUUCAGUAUAUGGAGCUGUCCAGCUGUUUUCGAGCCCAAUUGUGGGCUGGGGAAGUGACAAGCAUGGGUCGAAAAUUAUUUUGUUCAUCUGUCUCCUCUCGACUGCCGUGGGGUACGCCCUUCAAGGAUACGCGUCCAAUCUCGGAAUGUUGUUGAUUGCUCGUUCAAUUGCAGGAUGCUUUAAGCAUACGCAAACUAUUGGGAAAUCAAUAAUUACGGAGUUAGCCCCGCAAGAAAAGUCACACGUACUUGCAAACUUUAACGCCUUUGGAAGUAUGGGUUUUAUAGUCGGUCCGACUAUCGGCGCACAUUUGGUGGAGUUGGAGGGUGGAUUCAGAAGCGUUUGUCUACUUGCCUCAGCCGCAUUUCUGGCUAAUAUUUUGAUUUUGGUGUUACUCGUUACCACAAAGAGGAAAAUAAAGGCUUGGCCGUCUAAAGGGAAAGACAGCGAUGAUCUCAUGGGCAAGAAUGCAUAUUGUGGCCUUGGAACAAUUUUUUCUUGGCCUAAAAGUGGUGCGGAUACUUCAACACUCAAAUACAGCGUGACUGGAAUUUUAUUCCUUCGAUUCGUCUUCAGUUCUUCUACGAUCAUACCCAGAGCAAAUCUACCUCUAACACUAGAAUCAAAGUUUGGCACUGGAGUGGUAUCCGUCGGUUAUUUGAAUUCUAUGCAGGCUGUAAUAAGUACUAUCACAGGAUUAACAGUCGGACCCGUUGUGUCACGUCUUUAUCAAAAUGAUUCGGAAAGAAUGGUAAAACAUGCUGGUUUCGUUAAAGCGAUCUCACUCCUAGCUCUCGUCGUAGCACCGACAUUUCGAUUAGCGGGAUUAAGUCUUUUACUACAAAGUGGGGCGGAUCCGUUUCUGAGAGUUGGAAUUACUUCAAUGUCUCUGGAUGGGCAUGAUGACUUUGGAACUAUUCUUGGUCUUGGACAGUCUGCCACGUCUUUGAGCAGAAUGUUAGCUCCAUUUAUAGCUGGUGUGGCUCAAACAUAUCUUUCCGACCAAGAUGGUCCUGCAAUCAUUGGAUUUACAGCAGCGCUCCUUGGACUUAUUUGGUCUUAUUUUGUGGGAAUGCGACGUGGUUUUUGGCGUUGGGGGACAAGAAAAGUGCACAGUGAUAUUAAUAAUGGAAGUAUGGGUAUAAAUGGAGGUGACCAUCAACCUCUUAUUAACGAUAUUAAAAAGGGUGUGAUCAACCACAAUCAUCAUCAAUUAUGACGAUGCGCUAACCAAACUUUAAUAGAAUGUGCGAAUUAUUUACAGUGCUUCCUACUUGUACAAUACCUCUGAGAUAAUUUAUCAAUUGACUAAAACUGCGAAACAUUACAUAUGCUAAACAAAACCAAAGUUUGAUACUAAUUAUAUAUAUAAAGUACUAAUUUAAAAGAUACUUUGAUACAUGCAUAAAUCGGUUGUGCAAGGUUCAUAAUAAUUGUUUGUUUUACAUAUUGAUAUAUCGCCUUAUGUAAGACAAAAUCCUAUAUACUAGUCAUCUCAGCAGUCAAGAAUGUGUCCGAUGAUUUCCAAGCAUCUCGCUAGAUCUGGGUUGCAAGAGAAUAAUUUCUUAUACUGAAUUUUGUAACUUGGCGACGAUAAAAACUAGAUCAUGCUGUAAAAUAAUUUUAUGGGAAGACGAAGAAAUAAAAUUUGCAAUACCGAGUUUGAAACAA